AUGGCGGAUACGAAAACCCCAGAACCGCUGGAAGGGUCGGCAGAUGUAGAGACCGCGCUUGCGCAGCCCUCAUCUACUACAGACCAUGACGGUGCCCUCGUGGCUACGGCCGACAGCGAAGCUCCUCAGAAGAAGACCAAGAAGAUCAUCAGACGGAAGAAACGACCAGCGAGGCCACAGGUUGAUCCGUCAACAGUCAAGUCUGAGCCUCCUCCACAGACAGGAACUACGUUUAACAUAUGGUACAAUAAAUGGUCCGGCGGAGAUCGUGAAGACAAAUAUUCUUCACAAACUGCUGCGCCUGGCCGAUGCAACGUUGCCAAAGAUAGUGGCUACACUCGCGCCGACAAAGUAGCCGGCUCAUACUUCUGUCUCUUCUUUGCACGUGGCGUUUGCCCCAAAGGCCAGGAAUGCGAAUACCUUCAUCGCCUACCAACAAUACACGACAUUUUCAAUCCAAACGUUGACUGUUUCGGUCGGGACAAAUUCAGUGAUUAUAGAGAUGAUAUGGGCGGAGUUGGUUCGUUCACGAGACAAAAUAGGACAUUAUAUGUUGGCAAAAUUCAUGUUAGUGAUGACAUUGAAGAGAUUGUUGCUCGCCAUUUCCAAGAAUGGGGCCAGGUCGAGCGAAUCCGUGUUCUGACCUCGCGCGGUGUUGGAUUCGUCACUUACUCGAAUGAAGCCAACGCUCAAUUCGCAAAGGAAGCUAUGGCACAUCAAAGCUUGGAUCAUAAUGAAAUCUUGAACGUCCGAUGGGCAACAGUUGACCCCAACCCGCUAGCUCAGAAACGAGAGGCACAGCGCCUUGAAGAGCAAGCCGCGGAGGCCAUCCGCAGGGCGCUUCCUGCCGAGUUUGUUGCAGAAAUCGAAGGCCGCGACCCGGAAGCGAGAAAGAGGAAGAAAAUUGAAGGGACCUUUGGUCUAGACGGUUACGAACCCUCGGAUGAGAUCUGGUAUGCGCGAACAAAAGAAAUUGAAAGCUCAGCUGGAGGAAAUCUCGCACAGCUUGAAUUUUCUGGACAACCGCGCCUCAUUGAAAAUGCUCCGACACCUUCAGCGGACAUACAAGAUAGUGCCAAUCAAGUGCAAAGUGGUAUUUUGUCAAGUUCGACUUUGGCUGCUCUCAAAGGAUUCGUGCCGGCAGCACAACCUGCUACGCCAAGUUCCAACGGGCCUUUGGUCGGUUAUGGAAGUGACGAUGAUAGCGACUGA